UGUAUCAGGGUUUGUUUUCAAUCGUACUAAACGCUCUGAGCUGCUAUUGGCUUAGCCAAUAAGCUUAAGAAAUUGUAAAUGUUACGCUGCAUGAGGGUCUGGUUUAAGAGCAAGGCUGGAUUGUUGGGCUGGUUGAUUUAUUUAAGUAUCGACGGAAGGAUGCUAAAACACUACAGAAGAGAAAUAAGGAAUAGUUCUCCGAGUUUCAUGCAUAAAUAUGGACUGAAGAGCGAUGAGGAGACGACGGACUGUAGUGAACUGUUGACAAGCAUCAUUAGUAACGUGGAACCUGAAGCAGAUCACCGAAACGCCGUGGUUCUGCACUGUGGGGCGUGCUACACAGUUCUGAGUGAUACAUUUGAAGUUUGUGGCGAAUACAAGAAGCUGAAUUCCAUUAUAUGUGCUCGAGUAACCAAACAUGUAACAAUUAAGGAAGAGCUGGGGUUUCAAGUGCAAGGACCGUUAACUGGAUGUACUUACAAUGCUCUUCAGUGUUCUGGCUGUUUUCGCUGCGUGGGAAUCAUCCUAAAUUCCACCACAAAACAUUUAUCUGUACUUCGUAGCCUUUGUCUUUUACAGAAGGAAAACAUAAGCUGCUACAGUUUUAAAACCAGUAGCGUAAUCAAAGCAUCUGAUGUGACUUUUGAGCCUGGUACCAUCAGAAAGAGUCUUGAUAAGUUAAAACAAGAAUUGGAUGGAAUUUUGGAGCAUAUGGUUGUUAUACAGAGGCAGCUGAAAGGAGCAAAAUUCAGCCAAGACACGACAAAAGAACUUUCACUUGACAUUGACCAUUAGUUUUUGUGUUUUAGUGCUUGGGAAACAUUAAAUGUAGCAGUUGUGCCCUGAGCAAUUAGCCAGUGGCUAGAAAAAUACAUUACAAACUUUAAUUCUGUUUUGGCAUGAGUUUUUAGGUGUGAUUUACAAGUUGUAUAUUUAUUGAAACAAUAUCAAUAAAGAUUUGUGUUUAACCACACAAAAAGAGAAACAGCUGAGCAUAUUCAAAGAAAAGAUUCAUUGGUGGACAAGACUUAUACAUGCUUGUGUCCACAUUUACAUUAUUAUUAAGCAGUAUGAAUACUUUCAGUGAUACUUUCAGAAAGGUUUCAAUAAAUUAGAAUAAAGGUUUUUGUAUGAUAA